AGGCAGGGAGGGCAGGGCAGGCAGCACAGGGCGCAGACAGGGAGGGCAGGGCAGGCAGCACAGGGUGCAGGCAGGGAGGGCAGGGCAGGCAGCACAAGGUGUAGGCAGGCAGGGCAGGGCAGGCCGCGCAGGGUGCAGGCAGGCAGGGCAGGGCAGGCCGCGCAGGCAGGGGAAGCGGUGCAGGCAGGGCAGUGGUGCAGCUGGUGCAGGCAGGACAGGGAGGCAGGUGAUACUCACAGGCAGCACAGGCAGGAGACACCCCCAGGCAGGGCAGGCAGCAGAGGCAGCACAGGCAGGACAGUGGUGCAGGCAGGGCAGGCAGCAAUGACAUUGCAGGCAGCGCAGGCAGCAGGCAGGACAGUGGUGCAGGCAGGGCAGGCAGCACAGGCAGAUGGUGGGGCAGGCACAGUGGUGCAGGCAGCAGGGACAUUGCAGGCAGCACAGGCAGGUCAGGCAGCAGGCAGGGCAGCGAUACAGGCAGCACAGGCAGGAGGCAGGUGGUGGUGUGAGCAUUGCAGGCAGCACCAGCAACACAGGCAGGAGGUGGUGCAGGCAGCAGGUGGUGCAAGGCAGGACAGGCAGCGCAGGCAGCAGGCAGGGCAGCAGUACAGGCAGCACAGGCAGCACAGGCAGCAGGCAGGGCAGUGGUACAGGCAGCACAGGCAGGAGGUGGUGCAGGCAGCACAGGCAUUGCAGGCAGGACAGGCAGCAGGCAGGAGGUGGUACAGGCAGCACAGGCAGCAGGUGGUGCAGGCAGGAGGUGGUGCAGGCGGUGCAGGCAGCGCAGGCAGCGGCCCCGCCCGCCCGGUUCACCCGCCCCCGCUGAUCCGCCCCCCCCGUCCGGCCCGGCCGGGGCAGCAGCGCCGGGGGCGGCGGCGCCCGCAGCUGCAGGCUGCCACCGAGGGCCCUGUCCCUGUCCCCAUGGCGUCACCGUCCUGCCCGGCCCUCCUGGCCGCCUGCCUGGUGCUGCAGCUGGCCAGAGUGUCGCGCGGUGACGGGUGCAGCAGCUUCGGGAACCUGUUCACGGCCAUUGCGGAGAACAGCGCCCACGGGAGCCUGGUGGCCCGACUGCCGGGAGGGGACACGGGGGACACGCGGCUCCAGCUCUGCCUGGCCGGCGCCGACGCCACCUGGUUCUACCUGGACGGGCGCAGCGUCCGCCUCAACGUCUCCAACGGCCGCGCCCUGGACCGCGAGGAGCUGGAGUCCCCGGUGCUGAUGGUGGCCCUGACAUGUGCUGAGGACGGCUUCUCCCCGGUUGAGUACCGGCUCAUCGUACAGGUCCUCAACGAGAACGACAACCAGCCCCACUUCCAGGGGGCCACCGUCCUGACCCACAACGUCAGCGAGCUGGCAGCCGUGCACUCGGUGGUGUUCAGCGCACAGGCGGAGGACGCGGAUGGGGACACGCUCAUGUACGUCAUCGACACGGCCUCGCCCGACGCCCGGUUCUUCCGCAUCGACCUGCCCAACAGCGGGAAGGUGCUGCUGGCGCGGGCGCUCGACUUCGAGACCCGGCAGCACCUGGAGGUCGUGCUGACCGCAGUGGAGAUGAACACCCGGGAGCGGUUCAACGCGUCCGCCCGCGUGCGCGUCAACGUGCUGGACGGGGACGACCAGUACCCCCAGUUCCUGCCCUGCACCCCCCGCAGCCACCUCGGCGUCACCAUCUGCACCAGCCCCGUCUACACCGCCAACGUCACUGAGGGACAGCUGCAGGGGGGUCCCCUGAACUUCAGCCCCAGCUCCGUGUACGCCGAGGACGGGGACAGGGGGCUCAGGGCGCCCAUCACCUACUCACUGCUGGCAGGGCGGGAGAGCAGCCGGUUCCACAUCGACAACGUGACUGGGGCCAUCACACUGCUGCGGGCCGUGGAGAGCAGCCGCAACACCCCCGCCAUCAGCCUCAGCGUCAUGGCGGCGCAGGUGAAUGACGCCAGCAAGUUCGCGGUGACGCAGGCGCUGGUGCGCGUGCUCGCCCCCAACCGCCACCCCCCGCGCUUCCCGCGCGCGUCCUACCGCGCCUUCGUGCCCGCCGGCACCCGCGAGGCGGCGCUGCUGCUCACCUUCGGCGGCCGCGUGCUGGCCCUGCGCGCGCACGACCCCGACUUCCCCGGGGGUGUGAACCCCCAGGUGCGGUACAGCCUGUGCCCCGGCAGCUCCCCCGGCCCCCCCGGGCCCCCCCAGCCCCAGCUCUUCCAGGUGAUGCCCAACGGGCUCCUGGUGGCCCAGAGCCACCGGCUGCACCCGGCACAGAGAUACCGGCUGCAGGUGCUGGCGCGGGACGAGGAGUCGGGGGAGACGUCGAACACCACGGUGGAGCUGGAGGUUCUGUGGCCGGGACAGGCGGCUCCGCGGGACCCGUCGGAGGCCGCCCCGGGCCCCCCCCUGGGCGCGGGGGCGCUGGCGGGGGCGCUGGGGGCGCUGGGGCUGCUGGGGGGCGCCGUGCUGUUCCUCACCCUGCGCGCCCUGCGGCGGCGGCAGCGCAGACAGGAGAGCGCCCACCGCGCCGCCCUGGCCGCCGAGAAGCACCCCAACGUGAGCCUGAGGUGGUUCCAGCCGGUCCCCACCGGCAAAUCGUCCCCAACGCCCCCCAGCCUCUAUUACCCCAACGAGGGCUACAGCGAGGCGGGGGGUGGGGAGGGGCCCCCCCCAGCCCUUCCGCCCCCACCUCCCCCAGCCCCCCAACCCUCCCCCAGCCCCCCCCCCAAACCUCAGGCCAACUCCGUGGGGCGGCCGGGAGGGGGCUCCCCAGGUGGGGGGUCCCCAAAAGACUCCCCGCCCCCCCCUCAAGCCCCCAGUCCCCCCCAACCCCCCAGCCCCCCCGGCGAGGUUUUGGGGGGUUAUGGGGAGCUGGGGGGGGGCAGCCCCUUGGCGGGGGGGGGGCGGCGGGGGGGGCCCCCGGGGGGGCUGCCAGCGCUGGAGGAGGAGAGCGAGGACAGUGGGGAGGAGGGGCCGGGGGGGGACCCCGCGGGGGGGAAUGCACACCCCGCGCUGGGGGGGGACCCCAGGGUGCCCCCCACCCUGCUGCAGCUGCUGGAGGAUUCCAUCGAGUGCUGAGGGGGGGACGCAGCGGCUGCUGGGGGGGCUGCAAUAAAGAGCUGGA